AUGAGAGAAACUACAACUGACAGAGAAGACCCAAUAGACAAGCUAGCAAAAGAAUGGUUAUUGGUUCUAGAAAACAAGUUUACAAAUAUCUCCUCUAAAGAGAAAACACAAGAGGAAUGGGAGAAAAUGAAUGCUAAAGCUGAGCUCGAGCUGUG